CGGCACGAACGCCGUCGCGUCGUCGUCGGAACCGAGUCGGCGAGAGUUCGCGCGCGCACGUCUCGUCUGAAGGGCGUCGGGCGCGCGCGUCGGAGGCGUCGGAAGCGCGCGCGCGCGGGUGGAUCCGGCGAGAGGGAUUCGGUAUUCAUUCGAGAGAUGCUGGAGCGCGCGUCUUCCGAGCGCAAAAGUCUGCUCCUUGAAGCGGAACUCCGUCGCGUGAACUCGCUGCCGCAGCUCCGCGUGGUCGGCUUCGACGCGGCGACGGCGCCCGGAUUCGGCGGCUCGCCGACGAUUAGCAAACGCGCGGCGGCGAUUCGCGUGGAUGAUUUUCUCGCGCGACGCGAGAGCAGCUGGGGAUCCGCGGCGUCGACGGGGUCGUCGUCGCUCACGAGGUCGCUCUCGCUCGACCCGCGGAAAUCGUGCGACGACGUCGAGCUCGGAAAACGCAGCGGCGAGAGCGACGCGUUCAGCAACGACAGCAUGGACGGGGACCUCGGCGGGCCGAGACAGCGGUUCAGCGAGAGCGCGAUCGAUUUCGACGCGAGAGGCGGCGUGGACGACGACGCGCCGCCGCGGAGCUCGAGCGCGGAGCCCAUCGAGAUUCAGUACAACGGGACGAGGAACUGGCGAGGUCGCGCGAGAAGGGAGCACUACUAACCGAGCCCGCCGCGCCGCACGCGCCUCGACGCUGUACCUGAUGUCUGUCUGUACGACUAUACUAUACGCAUACCGUGUUUCAUAUCGUUUCACGUCCUCCCUCGCGGCGUGUUCACGCCGCCGAGCGACGCGACGUGAGCGAACGGGGUUAUUUUUUUGAGUAAUAUUUUUUUUUCGAUCAUGGGCCGCGCCGCUGAUGCGGGUUUGUUUAGACCGCGCUCGCUGGGCGCCCGAUCACAAUGGACCGCCGUCGCCGUUCAUUAAACAUAGCGAUGCGACGACGGCGGACACCACGGCUAGCUAGCACAUACGCACGAUUCUUUUCGUUGAGUUGAAUUGCAAUAUCAUACGAGACAAGACAAC